UUUCACUGUAGAGUCCUUGAUUUUGAGACAAACAAGUCAGUAAAGAAGUUGAUAGGUUGAUCGGUAACCGAUGGCGCGGGCAGCUUUUAUUGUUUUAUUGUCAGCCCUAUUGUCUCUUGUGUCCGCAGGACUGUAUUUCAACAAGAAGCAGCCUUGUUAUGUUAAAGACACACUCAGGAAAAACGGCUUCGGAGUCAGGACGUCACCUCGUCCUCACGAAUAUUUAAAUAUUUCGGAUCUACCCAAGUCAUGGGACUGGAGGAAUGUUAACGGUAUCAAUUAUGUCAGCACCACCCGCAAUCAGCACAUUCCUCAGUACUGUGGCUCUUGUUGGGCCCACGGCAGUACCAGUGCUUUGGCAGAUCGCAUCAACAUAAAGCGCAAAGGAGCAUGGCCGUCUGCAUACCUCUCAGUGCAGCAUGUGAUCGACUGCGGCCAGGCGGGUAGUUGCCAUGGUGGGGAUCACGGUAGCGUUUGGGAGUACGCCAACCAACACGGCAUACCGGAUGAGACCUGCAAUAACUACCAGGCUAAAGACCAGAAGUGUAAGCCCUUCAAUCAGUGUGGCACCUGCACCACCUUUGGUGUGUGCAAUACUGUCAACAACUACACUCUGUGGAAGGUGGAUGAUUAUGGCAAGAUCAGUGGGAGGGAGAAGAUGAUGGCAGAGAUCUAUGCCAGAGGACCAAUUAGCUGUGGGAUCAUGGCCACGGACAAGCUUGACGAGUACCCAGGAGGUCUCUACUCAGAGUACCAGGAGAAUCCCUACGUUAACCACAUUGUGUCAGUAGCAGGAUGGGGAGUGGAGGAUGGUGUGGAGUACUGGAUUGUACGCAAUUCCUGGGGAGAGCCUUGGGGUGAGAGGGGCUGGCUCAGGAUCGUGACCAGCGCCUACAACGGAGGAAGCGGAAGUUCAUACAACCUGGCACUGGAGGUGGACUGUGCAUAUGGAGACCCAAUAGUUCCUAAAGACUACCUGGUCUAGUCCUAAUAGGGCUCUUUGGCGUCCUUUUUAAAAUAUUCAUUGAGAAGGGAAUACAUGUCAUUUUAUGUUAAAGUAUUGGAGUUUCUUUUAAAUGCCAGUGUCAAUGUGGAUGCAAUUACCUGCCUGAAUCAAAUGGUUUGUUCUGUCUCAGAGAUGUGUCGGCUAUUAACAGUCUGAAGUGUUAAAUCUUCAGGAGGUACGACACCUGAUCACACACACGGAAUUAAAAAUAUAAACCAACUUCCAUCACAACAAAAUGCUAGUUUACAAAACAGAAAUAAACAACAAACUAAGAAAGGCAUGCUGUUGUCUGUUUCAAAUGCUCUGACUGCUACACAGCUGAUUCAUUUGUGCCUUACACUAAAAGAUGAUCUGUUUGCUCUUUUCACGCAAUGUACACAUUAGGACAACAAUGUGUCAAUAAAGUCGUCAACGUGA